GAUUGGUACACAGGAUAUGAGCAGUUUGUCAAGCGCAACCUGACUCUGCUCCCCCAUCAGCAAGCAGUACAGCAGCAGGACGAGCAGUCUCAGCAGCUGGCUCAACCACAGCAGACUGUCAUUAUGACGUCCAUGUUCGAUCAACAGAUCAAGAGCGAACCCAUGGGGUUCUAUUCGGUUGCUUCCAGUCGUUCAGAUGGAUCCAAUUCCCUGGUGAAUCUGUCCGAUGAUCGAGAGGAUCUUUCCCAGCAAGAGGGUCACCUGCAGCCUCAGCAGCAAACGUUGCAGCUGAGUCAGCAGCAAAAUCAGCAACAACAGGGUCAGCCGCAGAGUCAGCAACAACCGCAACAGAAUCAGCAACAGCAGAGUCAGGGUAUGCAACAGGAGUCACCGAGUCGUCAGUCUACGGGUCAACAGACCGUUAAAGAGGGCUCACGGUCCAAACCUCAACCUUGCAAGGUCUGCGGCAAGGUACUGUCCUCCGCUUCGUCCUAUUAUGUGCAUAUGAAACUUCAUUCAGGGAACAAGCCCUACCAUUGUACAGUAUGCGAGGCGAGUUUUUGCCGCAAACCUUAUCUAGAAGUGCAUAUGAGGACGCACACGGGCGAACGACCUUUUCAAUGUGAGCUGUGUCUGAAAAGGUUUACUCAAAAGAGCAGUCUCAAUACUCAUAAACGAGUGCACACGGGCGAACGACCGUAUGCGUGCGACAUUUGCCACAAACGUUUCGCCGUUAAGAGCUACGUCACCGCGCACCGUUGGAGCCACGUAGCCGAGAAGCCUCUGGUCUGCGACCGAUGUUCUCUCACGUUCACGUCCAAAAGUCAAUUUGCGAUUCACAUCCGUACACAUACCGCCAGUACCACUUACGAGUGUAAUCUCUGUGGACGUACGUUUGUACGCGACAGUUAUUUGAUAAGGCAUCAAAACCGGGUGCACCGUGACAUGACUCAGAGCACGAAUCACAAUCCACCGACGCCGCAGAGCAGCGGUGCCGGCACCCCGGGCACCGGCUUCGAGAGCCCGGUCUGUGAUCUGCGCUACAGCGAAGGACCGUCGUCAUUGGACGGUCUCGCAGGAGCUAAAGGCACGGGCAUCGCCGCGGAGAUUGCCAGUUUAGCCAAGCAGAACAAUCUACAGCUUCCACUACCGCUGCUGCAUCCACAAACCACCAACUAGUGUUUAGACAGCAGCAGCGCUACCCAGUCCCUGCCGCAACAUCAAUCACCACAGCAAGUAGUAUGUCCCACCUCGGCGUCUUCGCCGUUCACACUUAACUCACCUAUAUCUCACACCGAGCACACGAGCACACCGCAGAGUGUCUACCAAACGACGGGCUCCUCCAAUUCCUUGGAAAGCCCCAACUCCCAACUCUAUUCGCACUUGUCGUCCCCUCUAGAUCCAACAUCGGAGUCGCAACAUCAGCUGCACCGCGGCAUCCCUCCGCCAGGGCUUCAUCCCGCACUCUAUCUAUACGCUCAGUACUCGAAUACGAGCCCCGCGAGUACUUCGUACUCGGAAUAUAUGCAGCGUAAUAAUUAAAAAACGCGAGUUUUCAUCUAGCAUCGCUCGACCUCCAACGCGAACGAAAAUACCAGUGAAACUGGUGCUAUUUAAUCGUGUCGGUUGAUCAAAGUGCCUAUCGAGCAUCCACUUUCGGUUCGUAACAACGGAUGCUCGCUCGUCACGGUUUAAGAAAUACGAUCUCAGUUUCGGUUUAGGAGGGAUACGACGACUUAGCUCGAUCAAUUGCGAAGUGACUACUGUUCGAUAAAUGUUUGCUACUUUGCGUCUCUUUGUAUAUCUAAUGGAUUUUAUAUUCAUAAACAUCUUUUAACAUGGGAUUGAAUAGCACCCGAUUGAAGCGGAGUUUUUAAUCGUUGGAUAAUAAAAUCGUGCCGGCACAGAUCGUUUUAAUGAAUCGAUCGCUAUCCGUAUGCGAUGCUAGCUGAAACCGAAGCGUGUAACGUUUCUACGAGUCUCCGUGAUUUCAGCACUCUUAUUUCGCCUGAUUUUAAUCACGUCUCUGCGAGUGUAUAUAUACAUAUAUACCUAUCUACAUCUAUGUAUAUGUGUGUAUAUAUAUUAUGCGAACCAUUACGACACGUACACAUAUUUAUAUUAUAUUUUUAAAGGAGUUUAGUCACUUGAAUCUGUGAUAUAGAUAGUAAUUAUUAUCUACAAUGUUUAAACUAUUGGUUUUACUAUUUUGACGAAUAUCAAAACGAGGAAAAUGAAAAAGCAAUGUCACGAGGCGAUCGAAAAUUUUAGCAACGUUGGUCUCUACCGAAGGUGUGUUUGGUAGACACUAUUAUUAAUUUUACAACAGCAACAACAGUAAUACUAUACUAAUCCUACUAUUAUCACUGCUAUUAUUCUAACUACCACUAUCACUUCUAUCACCACCACCGACAUUUCCCAAAUUAUACAUUACCUAUCGUUACUAUUACGGCUAUUACUACCACUAUUAUUCUACUGCUACUAUGUACUACUAUACUACUAAAAAAGAAGAAACUACUACGAUCACAUUAUCGCUAAGGAUCACACUCACACAUGCGAGAGCGCGCGUUUAUUUCGGCAAUCACGUGUAGUGCAUACGAUCACGUCAUAUAGUCGUCAUGGUUUCUCUUUAGCUUGAAACGCUACGAGAAUUCCUUCUGUCGCUUUCCCUGUAGAUCGUAAAACGUCCAUCCCUUCACAACAUCGACGAAUAUGUUCGUAUGUGACGAGAUGCGCGUUUGUGAUAAAACGAAAAUUGUUCUUCGUUAGAGUGUAGAGCACACAGCUUUCAAUCAGUUCCAUAGUUGUACUUACUUUCCACAUAU